CCCGGCAGCAUGAACCCGGGGAGCCGCUCCCAUCCGUCCCCGGAGCACGAGAGCGCCAAGCCGGGGGUCACCCGCCCCCACCUGUCCUCGGAAGCCGGCAGCUCCAAGCCCGUCGCCCGUACUGAUCCUUCCCCGGAGGCCGGCGGCGGCGGCGGCUCCAGCCCAUCGGACCGAUUCGGGGUGCUGAGCACCGAGCAGCUCCGGCAGCUGCUGCAGGACGAGGGGAAACUGCAGCGCAUCGUCCGCCUGAGCGAGCAGGCGCAGUCUCUCCAAGAGGAGAGAAGAACCUCUUUGGCCUCUAACUUUGAGCUUGCUCAGAAAAACUUGUCUCUUCGCCCACGUCUGGAGACGGGAAAAGCCAACCUGGCAAUUAAGUACCAGCUGUUGCGCGAGACGUGUGCAUCUUGUCGUGGGAAACUACGAAAAAUCCAGUGCCUCUUGCAGGAAUGUAAUCCACAUGUUGCACUCAGCCACCUGCAGGAGGAGCUGCAGAGCACCGAGGCAGAAUGUGAGGCCCUCUCUCAGCUAUUCCUGGAGGGCUCCCUCCCUCUCCUUGUUUUCCUGGAUUCUUACCAUUUGCUACGGGCUCAAUGUCACAUCCGCAGGAUCCAGAAUGAGAAGCUGCUCGAGCUUCUGGGAGAGACUCUUGAACAGGACACAUCCCCCCAAAACCAAGAACUGCCUCCCGACCGGGAAUUGCCCCCUCAACAACCCACCAAACUACCCUCUGACCAGAACCUGGCCCCAAAGCUUCAGGAACUUCCCCCACAAUCCAGAAAACUGCCCCCUAAGCAGGCCUUGCCUGUCCCUCAAUCCACCAAAAUGCCCCCAAACCGGGAUCCUCAAAUGAAGCCUCACGAUGUGGCACCCGGGGGUAAACAGCCCUCUCGACCUCGAGAACUGCCCAUCCAAACCAGCAAAAUGCCCCCUGAAAGGAAACUGCCUUCCAACCCCAAGGAGAAACCCCACAAUCCCAGAGAUCAAACCCCUCAGGCCAGUGCUCAACCAAUCCCAUCCCCUGCUGCUCCUUCACAGAUGCCCCCUGCUGUAUUCCGCCUGCCUCCUCUGCCAUGUGGGAUGGGGCCUGCAUUGUUGAUCCCGGCAGAGGUGCUUUCUCCUUUUCAGGGUCCGUCUGCCCAGUCCCCAGGAUGUGUCCCACCUCUGGGGCGCAACAACGGUCAACAACAACAGCCACCACGGGCUCCUCUGCGAUUCAUUGCUCGUAUCUACUUCCUGAGCACUCGGCACCUAAGGGUGCUGUCCAGAGCCCAGCGGCAGCAGCAGCAGCAACACCCUCCGAAGCGAUAA